GGAUUUAUCCGGAAUUAUCGAUUUGAGUUUUGAAAUCUCGCGGCAAGGCAGUAGGAUGCUGAGGAGGCCAACGGCACCGAUGCAUUCGACGAUGGGCGGUCUGCACGAGAAGAUUCGAUCGUGCCACAAUACCCUGCGCAACCGCCACUCCACACCUGCCGCGUGUUCUGGUUCGCUUGAUCAAGUUGGGGAGUGCUUGGCUUUCCACAACGAUCGAAGAAGCCUGAACGUGGAACACUUCUUGAGCACGUUCGACUACGUAGUUGACAGUAUAGUAGUGCGAUUGGAAGAGAGGCGCACCCACACACAAGUUCUUCUGUCCAUCAUCAAGCUUUGUUACGUAUGCAGCCUUUUCUGCGGCGAACUGUUCCGUCCGAUCGCGGAUCGCAUCGUUGUGCACGUGAUCCUCGUCUGCUCCCACGUCGAUGCCCGUGUGGCAACCAAGGCCAAGGAAUGCCUGACCACAUUCACCGAAACCGUGAGUUACGACCUGCGACUAAUCGUGCAAGCUGCGGACAAUCUGUCGUCGGACGAAGAUUUGAUCCAGUACUGCACGACCUUUGUCGGGCAAAUUCCGAUUAUUCUCGAAACGUGGGACACGCAAGAGUAUAAGGACAUCGAUUUGUUUCCUCUCAUCGCCAAUUGCCUCGUAAACGACCACCCGCACAUUCGAAAGGUUGGAUACGCGCCUCUCGCAAUGCUUUAUGAGUAUCAGCGUACCCAACACGACGAAUCGAGUCUGGUUCACGCGUACUUGGAGCAGUUUUCGAAACAAACCGUGGACGAAAUAUUUCGCGAAGUUCCGUCCUCGUCUCUGGCCCAAGCCAUUCGGCCACUCGUCCGCCGACCAUCCCAUUACUUUCCCGCGAUGAAGAAACAGAUGCAGUCGCCAGUCCUGUCACGAAGACUCCAGUUCUCAUCCGUGUCGCCCUCUCCAUCGUACCAAGACCUCCGGCAUCGACGCCAAAACCUCUAUGACGACGACGUGCCGCGAUCGGCUUUCAAGAAGAGGCCUUCGCACACAUCGCACAGAAGAUCUCCGUACGUGGCCACCGCGUACAGAAGAUCGCAUGGGAGGACCACCAGCUUGGUCCAGCGAAUCCUCGCAUGGGUUUGGUUUUGGAUCGUCGUGCUCCUCGCCGCGUUUGGAUUCAUGUCUUUAUUGUGGUUUAUAUGGACAACGUACGCAUAAAGGCGAAUUGCGGUUGGUAUCUUGGCGACGCCACUCCACAUCGAAAUGACACAUAUGUAAAUUUUAUCCUUUU